AUUGGUAUGCAUCAUUUUCAGGGUCCUGGUGAGAAGGUUUGGUGUUCGUCACGAAAUCUGUGUCGAUUCGGAUGAGCUGAUUCACCAGUCAACGAGCUUUCACCAAUUUCUUUGUCGGCGAUGGCUAGGAUCACCUGAAUCUCACGGCUUUAUAGCCAGAACUGCUUUUUGGUCAUAGAUACGUAUCAAACUACUACUUGCAGUCAAUAUGGUUGGAAAUAUGUUCAACUUAUUCUGUAUUCCAUAGUGCCGAGAAUGAGGACGGCUUCUGGUAACGACCUCACAAAAUCAGCAGAUACAGUCGCUGCUGUGCUGAGAGAGAAAGUGGAUGACAUAGCGAGCGUCACACAUGUAUUCUUUACGGGUAUGUGAUCCCAUCAUCACUGUCUGUCAACUACCACGAUCUCUGGCAAUGGUCCACAGAGAAUAUCAACGACUUUUGGAUGCAUGUAUGGACGUUCACCAAAGUCGUCGCACAGGUACAGCCAUCAUAUGCUAUUUCCAUACGAGACUCUUCCAAGCUCUUCCCACGACCGACAUGGUUUCCGGAGGCUAGACUCAACUUCACCCAGAAUAUGCUUGAGAGCCCCUACAUCACCAAGAAACCUGGAGAAGCAGUGCUGACCUGUGUUCGAGAAGGUGGGGAGGAAGUUGAAGACGUCACCCUCGAACAACUGCGCACAAAAGUUGCGCGUAUGGCAAAUGCAAUGAGGAUAAAACACGUGGUUGCUGGUGAUCGCAUUGCUUGUAUUGCCGCAAAUACUACCAACACGCUCGUGGUCUUCUUGGCUACGGCAAGCUUGUGUGCAAUUUUCACUUCGUGUUCGCCGGAAGGCCAUCAUGAUCCGAUUCCUGCAAGUGCAGCCGAAGAUGCUGUUUGCAGAUGACUUCCAGCUGUACAACGAGAAGCGCACCGACUGCAGGGUCCAGGGCCUUGUCAGUCUCGAGGAAACCUGGGGAAACGGGUGGUCCGAGAAUGACUGUCAUCUUGCCUCGAUAU